GCCCACUAAAAAAUUCACUUGUAUAACAGGAGGCCAGCUUUCAAUGCGCAUGCUCAUUAUUAAUUAGCGGAGAUCUUGAGAUUAGUUUUCGACGAUGGAAGAUUCGUCUUUUUCCACGGUGCCUUCACGGAGCAGCACCGAUAUGUGUGAACUGAACAAAGAUUUGGAGAAGAUCACUGAAGAUGUUGAGAACAUAUCAGUGCAGCUGACCUGGAUGGCUUACGACAUGGUGACGCUGCGGACCGGGUUCGAGAUGGAUACGUGUAUGCGGGAACUGGAAGAUGCCUGUAGCAGAUGCAGAGCUGCUGUCUUUGGGGAGCCUGAACCGAAAGCUGGAUCUGAUAAUGCUGACUCAUCACAAACUGUAGAUGAAGUGGAGUAAAUGUUAUAUUCUGGUUUACUGCGUUCAAGCUGAAGUGUCAGGUUGAAUUGUUGUUGUUGGCUGGCGUUGUUAAAAUUGUGGGUUUGAAUAUAGUUGUUAGUUUGGACUUGGUGUUUACAGGAUUUAUUCCCUCAGAUUUAAACUGUUCUAAUUUGCUUGGAUUAAAGAUGUAAAUAAAGAAGAUAAUAUAUGUUA